AUGAUUUCCUCGAAAUACAUGAUCCUUGUGGCUUUAUUGGGCCUUUCGGCCAUCGGCUGUCAUGCCGUCAACAUGCAGAGCAUGAUCGAUGAUGAGAGUGCCAAAUGUGAAAGCGGCAGUGAUAGCAUGGCCUGUGUUAAGGUGAGGGCUAUGCGUUUUGUGGACACUGUUAUGAACAAAGAUGAAUUCAAGAUCAACGAUGUCGAAGUCACCGCCAAUGGUUAUCAAGCUCCCGCCACCGAGGGCCGUUCCGCCGGCAGCUUCUUCGAUUCGGUCGAAAGCUAUUUGAAGGGACACGACGUUACCAUGGACUUGCCUAUGGCUGAUGCCAAAGUCACUGUCUCCUCACGCAAUUUGGCCGAUGACGAAUUAAGUCUGAAGGUCAAAUUCAAUGGUGACGGUGUCGUCGAAGGCAAGGGCAAGAAACACCGUUUGCGUAAAAUGGCCAUGCCCAUUAUGGUUUUGAUCUUGUUGAAGGCCAUCACCAUUAUCCCCAUGGCUAUUGGUAUCUUGAAGAUUAAGGCUUUGAACGCUUUGGGCUUGGGUUUCUUCUCAUUCAUUGUUUCGGUUGGUUUGGCCAUUUUCCAAGUGUGCAAGAAGAUCGCCUCUGAACAUCAUUCAGCCCACAUCACUGCUCACGGUCCUUGGGAUGGUCGUUCGGUCAGUUCUAUUUCUAGUGUAGAGCAAUAUGAAACAAACCCCGCUGCCCAAACUUUGGCCUAUAAUGCUUACAACUAA